UCAGUAUUGUUAAAGCAUCCGAAGCGAAAAGAGUUGUGGAACUUUUUCGUCCGAAUUAAUUUUUUUUUAAUAUUAAAAACGAUUUUUUUCUAUUAUUAAUUAAGAAAAAAAAAGAAAAGUUACAGUGCUGACCAACCGGCUUCCAAUUUCACUCGAAUCUAUUGUUAUUCAAAAAUGUGAACAUCUUCAAAGAUCUUGAUAAAAGAAUUUCUCGCAUUACACAAGUCAAAACAUAAUAAUGACGUUUGUUGUUGGAGUUGUGAAGUAAAUGCAAAAAAAAAAAUCUUUUCAAUAUUUAUUCAUCUUUUGUGUUUAUGAAAAAUUCUUGGUAUGGUUUUCAAUGUGAAAGAAAAUAAAAUCAGUGCAGGAAAAUAAAAGAAAAAGAAAUCUAGUGGUAGUUACUUGGCAAUAACAACACCAAGAAAUAAGAAAUAAAAAUAAAAAUUCAACAACAUUUUGCUUUGCUACUCUUGCGCGUCUUAAAAUUGAAAUAAAAAAAAGUUAAUAAAGAAGGUUGAGAGGAAAACGGAGAAGAAGGAAAAAGUCAAUAAAAGUGCAUUCGAAAACGAAACCUUCACGCGCUUGCUGUUUAUCCUGUUCAACACUUCAGCCUCAACUAUAAAUUUUAUCUCGUUUCUGAUUGCUACAAAAUUUAUUUCUCUCUUUUUUUGUGGGAUUAAUUAUCAAAGUAUCAUUUUGGGAUAACAACAGGAGUCUCCUGCUGUAACUUCAUCUGUGAUAACUCAACACUUCAUUAGCUCUUAACAUUUUUAUGUUCUAACUUCUUUGACUAUUUACUAAGUAACAUGGCGCUUUGCAACAAAUUUCUACAAAUUCUUUUAAAUUUUAUCACAAUAGCAACGUUAACACAUAGUGCACAACUUCCUCCAGUCAAACGACAAGCCACACUAGUGAAAGAGCCUACGGUACAAAUAGAUUGCUUGUCAGGCUCGAUGCUUAUAACAAUAAAAAAUGCUCCAGCAAGCUACGACGGCCUUUUCAGUGGGAUGGUUUAUCCCAAAGGUCUUGCAAAAAACUCAACAUGUUUAUCAGAGUACAGGGAUCACAAGGGUCCAAUAAAAUAUAAACUGCCACUUCGAAGUUGUAACACUAUGCCUCAAGAAACCGAUGAUGGCGGUAUUGAGUUCUUCAAUACGAUUGUCCUACAGCCUCACUUGAAGCUGGUGACCGACUUAGGCAGAGGUUAUCAUAUUCGAUGUCGUUACAAGAAUCGCGAAGCUGCAAUCAAAUCAUCAACAUUCCAAUCAUCCAAAAACAACGAUCAGAGACCUCAAGCACAAACAAGCGCCGAGGGAAGUGACCGACGUGAUCAUGCGAGAUCACUACAUCAUAGUGACUCAACAAAUGAAAUUCCAAUGCCUGCGUGCCAUAUGAAAAUUUAUUCAGGCGAUAAACUUGCAGAGAAUGUUAAAAUUGGUGAUCCAUUAAAGUUACUGAUCAGCAUUGACAAACAAGAUUCUUAUGGAUUACACAUCACUGAUUGUCUUGUACGUGAUGGAAUUGGAUGGGGUGAACAACGUUUGAUUGAUAGCGAUGGCUGUCCAUUGGAUCAAGAAAUUCUCGGACCAUUUUCAUACGACAGCGAUAGAACGAAAGCAACUGUCGCUUUUCCUGCACAUAAAUUUCCAUACACAACUUCUGUCUACUAUCAAUGUAAUGUUCGAUUGUGUUCGUUAGGAGAAGACAACUGCCACAAGACACCAACAUGCGAUGGUUCAGCAAAACGUGUUAGACGUGACACUGACGAAACGGAAGAGGACGGUCUUCCAGCAACAAUUGAAGUCUUUUCAGGACUUUAUGUCAAUGAGAAUGCAGAGGUACUCGGUGACGAUUUCGACACUGUGUAUAAAGAAAAAACGCCCGAUGAUGCCAUUUGUGUGUCACAGAGAAGUUUUGCCAUAGCUGUGUCAAUAACGGGCUUGUGUCUAAUGUUAGCAGUUGUGCUGGCGGUUCUUUGUAUAAUGGCACGAAGACGACAUAAGAGCUCGACAUCGGGCAGUUCAAUCUACAGUGGGCCAUACACCAACACAGCAUAUUCGCAUACAAGUUAGUCAGUGUCUGGAUCGAAGACUCCUUUUUGUAGCACGUAUGAAUGAGAUUUGAUGAGAGAAUGUGGAACCGAACGAUGAUUUUUUUUAAUUCGUCUUAAUUAUGAAACGAAUUCGACGAAGAAUGAAAAGGAAAUCAACAUCAAUUUGAAAAAAAAACUUUCUUAACGACUUAAAAACAUUCUAGUGAUGACACUUAAAUUUAUUAUAAAAUCUUUCAUAAUCAAUUAAGAAAAUUUUAAAAACUUUUAACAUGAAUACUUAGCACUAGGCGAUUUGUUGCAUCUUUUGUUUCUAUGAAUUUGAUGAUCAUAUCGCCUUUUGCUAUGCGGAGAUUCCUAAUCGUAGAAUUUACUUCUCGAUUGGGCGUUAAAAUAAUCUCCGUUCAUCACGUAAACAUAUUUAAAUGUAGAAAGCUGAGCUUAGUUCUCUCUGCUCAGGUGACGAUUGACUAACGGUGGUGGGUAACGAUAAUUAAUAAAUCAGAAAAAAGAAACGAUUCACAAGUCAUUAAAAGAAAUUCUUUUAGUUAGAUCUGUUGCUCUGCAUCACAAGCAUCGUUUUGUAUGAUUACAUUACGAUCUUCUGGAGCUUAGCAACAAAUAAAUCUGAUAAGAAAAAUAAUUUUAAUUUGUAUCCUUUUCAUGCGACAUGAAAAUGUCUUCAAAAAUUCAUGACCAAUAAAAAAAAGAAAAAUA